AUCCUGCUGUUUCGUUUUGACAGGUGAUGGGGGCAGACAGUGGUCCGGGAGCUCCUGCAGCCGUCCCGUGGCGUAAAGUCCUAUAUGAACGCCAGCCUUUUCCAGACAAUUAUGUGGACCGACGCUUUCUGGAGGAGCUGCGGCGCAACAUCCGAGUGCGUCAGUACCGUUACUGGGCGGUGGUGCGCGAGACGGGGCUCAUCGCACAGCAGGUGUCCUGCGUGGCCGUCUUCCUCACUUUAUGGUCUUAUAUGGAGCAGGGAGAACUGGUGCCGUCCGCGGUGCUCUGGGUCUGUCUGGGCUGUGCUCUGCUGGGAUACGGACUCUAUGAGAUCCUGGGAGGCUUUUGUGUUCGGGAGCGGACGCGCCUGGCGGACCUGCAGAGCGCAACCAUCUUCCUGGCGUUUACUUUUGGGUUUUCACCUGUUUUAAAGACUCUGACCGAGUCGGUUAGUACAGAUACUGUUUACGCCAUGUCAGCCGUGAUGCUCCUGGCUCACUUGGUGUCCUUCCCGUAUGCUCAGCCCAGUCCGCCGGGCAGUCUUUCCCUCAACGCGGCCCUUUUCGCGUCGGUGUGCCUGGCGUCCCGGCUGCCUGGCGCCCUGCAUACCUUCACCAUGCUGAGCUGUGCCCUCCUGGUGUUCGCUCUGUGGCCCUGCCUGCUGCACCGCAUGCGGGAGAAGGCGGAGUGGAGCUUCCCGUGGGCAGCCGUGCUGGUGUGUCUGGCUGGAGUCGGGGGUCUGGGGAGCCUGUGGCCCGAGGGGGCUCUUCUCCUCUCACUGGCUCUGUUAACAUUAACUUUAGUCUGUCCACUGUUGCUGGUCCACCUGCAGAGGCACAAGGACAACAUCCACGGUCCUUGGGACGAGGCAGAGAUUAGAGAGGACCCGCCCCUCUAAUUG